AUGCGCCCCGCGGCUGGACUCGGUGCUGAGGCUGCCGGUGCGGCCUAGAGUUUCCCCCCCCCGCCGGGGGGCUCGGUCCCAUGGCCGCCGUCUUCCUCGUCACGCUCUACGAGUACUCGCCGCUUUUCUACAUCACCGUGGUGUUCGUCUGCUUCCUCGUCACCAGCGGCCUGGUGCUGGGCUGGUUUGGGUUGGGUGUUCCUGUUAUUCUGAGAAACUCAGAAGAAACGGAAUCGAGCACAAGAGUUUUGAAAAAGCGGAUGAGACAAGUGAAGAAUCCUUUUGGGUUAGAAAUCCCUCAUCCUGCUGCAGCUUCAGUAACAAGGGGUAUAACACUGACACCUGAUUGUCUGGAAGACUGUAUUCUUACAUGCUACUGGGGUUGCAGUGUUCAAAAACUCCAUGAAGCGUUGCAGAAACAUGUCUACUGCUUCAGAAUAAAGACUCCUCAGGCAUUAGAAGAUGCUCUGUACAGCGAAUACCUCUAUCGACAACAGUACUUCAUUAAAAAAAAUGACAAGGAAGAAAAAUAUUGUCAGUUACCAGAAGAUGCUCAAGUUGUCGAUUUUGGCCCGGUGCCUAGAUCUCGCUAUCCAUUGAUAGCAUUGUUGACGUUGGCUGAUGAGGAAGACAGAGAAAUAUAUGAUAUUAUUUCAAUGGUGGCUGUAAUUCACAUUCCUGAUGAGAGCUACAGACUUUCCUGCAGAAUAUUAUAUCAGUAUUUGCUUCUAGCUCAAGGCCAAUACCAUGAUCUGAAGCAACUCUUCAUGUCUGCAAAUAGUACCUCACCGUCUCCAAGCGAUACGUCCCCUGGUGAGAGAAGCACUGACAGAAGCUUGCUAGAAAAGGCUGGACUGGCUGAAGAUGAACCAGAAUCUCAUGAAGAAAACAGCAAGGACUGUGUUGUUUGCCAGAACGGGACAGUGAACUGGGUACUCCUGCCCUGCAGACAUGCCUGCUUGUGUGAUGGCUGCGUUAAGUAUUUCCAGCAGUGUCCCAUGUGUAGGCAGUUUGUUCAAGAAUCUUUUCCACUUUGCAGCAAAAAGGAGCAAGAUGAAGAUGAAUCGACCCGUGUCUUGCAAGAUGUUCUCCCUGGAAGAGUUUUUUAAUGGGGAGGAAAAAAAAAAAAUAGUAGAAGAACUGGGUUGUACGCCCCGAGCUUAAAUGUAAAAAAACAGACUGUUUAUGGGAGGAUAUGUAGCAUUAAUUUAUAUGGUUUUGCUUUUUAUUGUUAGGUAAUUUUCAGCUUCCUUAUUUGUCUUCGUUCCAUAUGCUUGCAGGAACACUGUGUCUAUCCAUGCAAUGUGGACAGAAGAAGUGCGUAGGAUAUCUUUGAAGGAUGUGAUUUUAUUUAUAACUUCUUACUAGUUUUUCACGGAGUACUAUUGGAGGCUAUUUUGAUUACUAAAUUUAGAAUCUCUACUAAAAAAAGAAUAAAACUUGCACACAGCUCGUUCUAUAUUUAUUGUAUUUAAAAUACUAGAGCGAUAUAUCAUUUUAACUCAGUGUAAUUUAGAAACGUAGCACUUUACAGAACGUAUCGAAUGAAGGAAAGUAAAUAUUCCUCAUUGUUAAAGUCGUGUGUAUUUAUUUUGUAGGUGAAGGCUGGACUGUGGCAGGAGCUGGGAGGUGAAGGCGUGAUUCCGGGAUACUGUUUCUGGCUGUUUGGAGAGAUUGUGUGUGUGCAUGCAUGCGUGUGCGCGUGAGGGACCUCAGCCAAAGCCCCUUGGAACCACUGGAAGGGUUUGAGUUGAUUAUUCUUGGCUUGAACUAAACGUUGGUGACACUUUGAAGCCUCUGCCAUGUCAUCUUGAGACGCAGACUUUCAGUCUUGUUAGCAAUGGCUGUAAGAACUUGCUCUCCAUGCAAAUGUUCGUUAAUUACUCCGUAGAGUAGUUACUUGGGCAGUUUUGUGGUGCUAUUCUUACACCAGAGUAGCCUGCUUUGGGAAAUUUCCAACUCUUUUUACUUGCAUUGUCAGCUUGGCUGCAAAGUUAACCAUUUACCUUUUAUCAAUAGUCCCAGGGAAUUUACUUACUCUAAUGGAAGCUGAAGAAUAGCAGAAAAUUAUUUAUUUUUCCCUCCAAUGUUGUAAUGUCAAAAGCAAUAAAAAUGGCUGUUGAGAAGAGAAA